AUGUACAAGAUGCACUUCUUGUCCUGCAUUGCACUAACUCUUGCAUUCAUCGCAGACGGUGCACCUACCUCGAGCUCCAGCCAGGAAACACAGCAGCAGCUGGAGCAAUUGAUGCUGGAUCUGAAUCGGCUUCUGAACAUAGUCAGAAAUUACAAGAACCCCACGCUCUCCAUGAUGCUCACAUUUAAAUUUUACAUGCCCAGGAAGACCACGGAACUGACACAUCUGCAGUGUCUAGAAGAAGACCUCAAACCUCUGGAGGAAGUACUAAAUUUAGCUCAAAGUAAAAACUCUCACUUGAAAGAUAUCAAGGAAUUAAUGAGCAAUAUCAAUGUACUCAUUCUGAAACUGAAGGGACCUGAAACGAGAUUCACAUGUGACUAUAAUGAUGAGGCGGUGAACAUCAUAGAAUUCCUGAACAAAUGGAUUACCUUUUGUCAAAGCAUCUUCUCAACACUGAUUUGAGUGCCUCCCAUUUAAAAUGUAUCAGGCUAUUUAUUUAAAUAUUUAAAAAUAUUUA